AUGGAAAACGAGGAAGGUGUCAUUCCACAUCCCACCAAAAGCAGCCCACCAUUCUCUAAGAACACGAGCCAUGGCGAGACCUACAAGGGGAACUCCACCUUCUCCCCCUACUAUCAACAUUCUUCUCCAAUAGCAUGCAUGUUCAUCGUUGCCUAUGCCUUUAUCUUUUUCAUGUGCAUGAUUGGCAACCUGUUGGUGUGCUUCAUUGUGCUAAAGAACCGGCAGAUGAGAACAGUCACCAACUUCUUUAUCCUCAACCUCGCGAUCAGCGAUGUCUUGGUGGGGAUUUUUUGCAUGCCAACCACACUGGUGGACAACCUGAUUACAGGCUGGCCAUUUGAUACUUUUAUGUGUAAGAUGAGUGGGUUGGUCCAAGGCAUGUCGGUCUCGGCUUCUGUGUUUACCCUGGUGGCCAUUGCAGUAGAGAGGUUCCGCUGCAUUGUGUAUCCUUUCAGACAAAAACUAACCCUACAAGUAGCUCUGAUCAUCAUCAUCAUCAUCUGGGCCUUAGCCUUCAUCAUUAUGUGCCCCUCCGCAGUUACCUUGACUGUCACCCGAGAUGAAAACCACUUCAUGCUGGAUGCUUAUAAUAACUCCUACCCUUUUUACUCCUGCUGGGAGGCCUGGCCAAACCCCCAAAUGCGCAAGAUCUACACCACUGUCCUCUUCUCGCACAUUUAUCUUGGCCCUCUCAUCGCCAUUGUGAUCAUGUAUGCGCGGAUCGCCUUCAAGCUCUUCAAGUCCUCCGCACCUGUAAGAGGCUCCCAGUCGGAGGACAGUGAGGGAAGAAGGAUCUCCAAGAGGAAAAUAAAAGUGAUCAAUAUGCUGAUUAUUGUGGCGUUGUUCUUCAGUCUCUCUUGGCUGCCCCUUUGGAUUUUAAUGCUGCUGACCGAUUAUGGGAACCUGAACUACCAUCAGCUCAGCCUCAUCACGGUUUAUUUUUUCCCAUUUGCCCACUGGCUGGCUUUCUUUAACAGCAGCAUCAAUCCAAUCAUCUAUGGGUACUUCAAUGAAAACUUCCGGAGAGGAUUCCAAGCUGCUUUCAACAUCCACUUUUGCUCGGCAGAAAAGGAACACCAAGAAACGUACUCUGAUCGCAAUCACGGCAGGCCUCUUUUUAGAGCACGCAAUCGGAUAUUCGUCGAAGUUCAAGGCUCUGAUUCGGUGCAGCCCUCCGAUUCUGGAGAAAGCAGUGUUUUGAAAGCAGGCUUGUUCCUUACCAAAAAUGGGCAGGCAGUUCACCGCGGGCUGAAGGUGGAGGAUUUGGACAGUAAAAGUUGCUCUCCCAAAACCGUUAGCAUCCCUGCUUGGGACAUCUGA